AUGACAGACACUUUCGAUGUAUCACUCCUGCCCAAUGUGCUGGAGCUACAACCAAAGGCACACCUCAUGACUGGAUUUGGCGUUACCUUUCUUGUACUGGUUUGGGUAUCAGUUGCUACCCGUGUGUAUGUCCGUUGCUUUAUGAUCAGGGCAUUCGGAUGGGACGAUUUGAUACUCCUCAUGGCAUCGAUCGCAUUCUCUUCGUUCUGCGCCUGCUUGUUGGUUCUGGCCAGGUACUGCCGCAGCCCAGAGGUAGAAUCAGCCUACAUGACGGUAAACUUGGAAGAGAUAUGGGUAGUGUUAACAGAGGCAUUGGAGUAUGUCGUCAUAUACAACGCUCUCUACAUCCUCACGACCAUUCUCUUCAAGAUCAGUCUGGCAAUCUUCUUCCUCCGGAUCGUAGUCGUACAAUGGCAACGACGCCUCAUCUACAUCUCGACGGGAAUCUACACACUUUACAGCAUCGUCUUCAUUUUUCUCGUCACCUUUCGAUGUGGGAACCCGCCCGAUCUGCUCAUGAACGCUUUCAAAGGAAAGUGCAUCUCAAACGAAGGGAUAAUGCCGUUGGUCUACAUAUCUGGCGUCUCGAAUGCUGCUUGCGAUGUGGUCUUUGCAACCCUCCCCGUCAUCAUUCUCUGGAACAGCCACAUGCCACGUCAAGCAAAGAUAUCGGCUGGCUUCCUCUUGAGCAUGGGCUGUCUCGGCAGCAUCGCUUCCAUCAUCCGCAUUGCCUAUCUCGGUGGGCUUUCAGUCGGCAGCGGGUUCUUCAAGCAUGCGAUCGACGCGGGUCUACUUUCCGUCGUCGAACCUGGUCUAGCGAUUACCGCAGCGUCACUCUCCGCUCUACGACCAUUGUUCAAG